CUUUUAGAAAGUUUGAAAACAUAAUAAGCAGGGGAAAAAGAUAACAUAAGAAGAGUGAACCAAUAACUCUUUUUGAAAAAUCUUCAACAGACAGCCAUGUCUUCGAGGCCCAGAAGCCAGAAGCAGUUUUCACAGAACACGUGUGGUUUGGGGGAAAAGAAGAAAACCCAUGAUCAGAGUGUUGUCCUGUGUGAAAUAUUGAAGGGAGAAAGACAGCUGGCAGAGCUUAAAGCCAAGGAUGAGGAAGGCACACAGGUGCUAAAAAGUUUGAAGGACCACACAAAGGAGCUGCAGGAGGACAUUAUGAAAAUACAGGAGCGCUUUCAUGAAGCUUUUGUUGAGGAUGAAGAUGCUGAUGAUGCUCUGGAGGAAGCAAAGGCAGACAGCAAAGAGUUCAGUCAAAAGGAGGCAGAGUUAGACACGUUAAAGGAGUACGCUGAACUGAUGGAGAGGAGAGAGGAGCUACAGCAUCAAGUUCAGAGGCACUCAGUGUACAAACACUUCAUGGAGCGUGUGCUCAAAAUAACAAAGUUUGAGGAUGCUGAGGCUCUCGCAGACUACGCAGAGAGUCUACUCCAUUUUCGAGGUCAGUUCUACCAGAAGGAGAUGACGUUGCAGGAUGAGGUCGACCAGCAGAAGAAAGCACUGUUAACCCUGCAGGACCAGCACAACUUGGUGGUAAUGCAGAAAAACAGUCUGCUGUCUCAGCUCCAGACCGAGUUAGAGAAGACUCAGGCCGAAGCUCUCACAUGGGAACAAAAGUGGAACCACAUUCAGGAAACAGCUGCAAAGAAGACACUAGAACUGGGAAAGAUUAAGAUGGCAAUCCUAAACCUCUAUGAAAUGACAGCAGGUGCCAUAGGAGAGAAGGAAGGAGUUGAUAUGAAUGACACAGAGACGCAGCUGAACAAGCUGCAGAUGUUCUUUGAGCAUGAAAAUGAGAUAGUGAAACAAUAUCAAGCCAGACUGCAGCCAGCGAUGGAAAGAAGCCAAACACAAAACACAAAACCUCUGUGAACACAAAACCCCCCAAAAAAUGAAUGCAUAUUCAGUUUCUUGGAAUACCAAAUCAUUUAUUACUUCAAAUAAAGGUUGAAAAUAUUGAGGUUUUUGAGCUGUUUUAAAACUGAAUAUGACUGAAUAGUUAAUAUUUUAGCUGUAAGUUAACUGAACAUUCACAUUUAGGACAGGUAACUUCAAUAAUACCUGAAAAUUCGAUUCCAUGUGCAAUCAGCAGCUGAUUAGUUGCUUUGGAAAGUGUGAAGGGGGAAAAUAUUUUACUGCUAUUAUUUGCUGCUAUUUUUAUAAUCAUCAUUACCGUUUCAUGUUAAUAGUGAUGUUGCUUUCACAGAUGCAUUCAGAUGUUCAAAUAUAUGGUUAUAGUCUUUAUUACAGGUCCAAGAAGAACCACUUUAAACUGUUGAGUUGAAUAUAUAAUUUUAAAUGCUUUGCUAAUGCUUCGAUAAUCUUAAAGGUUUCUGUGUAGACUGCAGGGACAGGAAGUUACAUGUGUUUGAAGUUGCAGGCUUCUGCAGAAGUGAAACUGAAACCAGAGUUUAACUGCAAGUUAAGAGCAGGGUGUUAUUAUGCAUGUA